UUUGUAAAAGAGCAUUAACUAAAAAUUUAUAUCGAGAAUUAGGAGCUGUUACUUACUAAAAUGGAAAACGAAGCUUCGCUGGCUUUAGGAAAGUGCAAUAACGUAUUUGAUGAAAACAAUGGCGGCGAAGCAUUAAUGGACGCGUAUAAUGCAUGGGCCGGAAAAUACGAUCCCGAUAUGGAAGUUCUAAAUUAUAGCGCGCCAAUGCAAACUGUGCGAAUUGCGCUAAAAUAUUUAGGUUGCGAUGAAUCCAUCAAAAUACUAGAUGUUGCUUGUGGUACUGGACUAGUUGGGUCAUUGUUACGAAACAACGCCUUCAAGGGCCCACUUCAUGGAAUUGACGGCAGUCAAGAAAUGCUUAAAAUUGCACGGAAAAAAGAGACAUACGAUGAAUUAUUUACUCAAUUUUUAUCGCCUGGGAAGCCAAUUAUGACAAGUCGUGGUUUGAAAUAUGAUGCAAUACUAUGUGCUGGAGGGAUAACCAAGAACCAUCUGGAUUCUGAGCUUUUGAUAAAUUUCUUGGAAGUUUUGACAACAGGGGGAAUAAUGGUGUUUGCUUUAACUAAAGGUACAUACAACGUGGAAGUGGAAAAAACUGUUGAUAAGGUCUUAAAAUCUCUCAUUAUUUCUGGAAAAAUUGAAGAACUUGAACUAUUCGUAAAUGGAAAUACAUUCGAAGUUGGUGAAGAUGCUGUACCAGAGAAUUUUAGGAAGGAAGAUUCGUCUUCAAAUUUCAACUCUUGUAUUUAUUGUUACCAGAAAAAAUGAGUAACACUCGCACAGUAGGCAUACUUGCAUAUGUGCCAGUAUUCGGUACAAAAGGAUUAUGUUGUGUUGUUUCAUGUUCGUGCAUUGCUAUUAAGUAAAUUAUAUAGAAUUAAUGUCUAACAUGCGUAUAUGUGAGGCCGAUGUUCUUGUUAGGAUGCAUUGGUGAAAUAAGUCGCGAUAGCGCUAUUUAU